AUGCCCCCCAAGAAGGCUGUCGUUCAAGAAAAGGUCCUGCUGGGCCGUCCAGGAAACAACCUGAAGAGUGGUAUCGUUGGUCUCGCCAACGUCGGCAAGUCCACGCUCUUCCAGGCUAUUACCAAGUCGUCUCUUGGUAACCCUGCCAACUUCCCCUAUGCUACCAUUGACCCCGAAGAGGCGCGUGUCAUUGUCCCCGAUGACCGCUUCGACUGGCUGUGCGAGCACUACAAGCCCAAGUCUCAGGUUCCCGCCAACUUGACCGUCUAUGAUAUCGCCGGUCUGACCCGUGGUGCCUCCACCGGUGCCGGUCUCGGUAACGCUUUCUUGUCGCACAUCCGUGCCGUCGAUGCCAUCUUCCAGGUCGUUCGUUGCUUCGAUGAUGCCGAGAUUAUCCACGUCGAGGGUGACGUCGACCCCAUCCGUGAUCUGACCAUCAUCAGCGAGGAGCUGCGUAUCAAGGAUAUCGAGUUCGUCGAGAAGGCUCUCGAGAGCCUUCAGAAGCAGACCAAGCGUGGUGGUCAGACUCUCGAGAUGAAGAAGCUGCGUGAGGAGGAGGCUACCGUUGCCAAGGUGCUCGAGUGGCUCAAGGACGGCAAGGACGUCCGCAAGAACGAGUGGGGUCCCAAGGAGGUUGAAACCAUCAACCCCCUGAUGUUGCUCACUGCCAAGCCGGUUGUCUACCUGGUCAACCUGAGUGAGAAGGACUACAUCCGCCAGAAGAACAAGUACCUGCCCAAGGUGUUCGAGUGGAUCAAGACCAACUCUCCGGGUGACUCUCUGAUCCCCAUCUCCGUCUCGUUCGAGGAGCGUUUGACCCGCUUCGAGAGCGAUGAGGCUGCUCUGGAGGAGUGCAAGAGCCUGAACACCAAGUCGGCCCUGCCCAAGGUGAUUACCACCAUGCGUCAGGUGCUGAACCUGGCCAGUUUCUUCACCACCGGUACCGACGAGGUGCGCCAGUGGACCAUCCGUAAGGGCAUCAAGGCCCCGGCUGCUGCUGGUGUUAUCCACACCGACUUUGAGAAGACCUUUAUCCAGGCCGUUGUGUACAACUACGCGACUCUGCGUGAGUACGGAGACGAAGCUGCCGUCAAGGCCGCUGGUAAGGUGAUGACCAAGGGUAAGGAUUACGUUGUGGAGGAUGGUGAUAUUCUGUUGAUCAAGGCGGGUGCUGCCCGUGCAAUCACUAACAAUGAUAGUAUCCCCCCGAGCAACCGCUCAAAAGUCAAAUCCUCCGUGCAGCGCGGCCUCCGCCAACGGUUCCUCGACACAUACCCAGGAUUCGAACCCUACAUUGAAGAAGUCCUACCGAAGAAGGCCCAACUGGAUGCCGUGAAGCUUCCGGAAAGAUCCACCCUCUACACAUACGAAAACACCCCUCUGUUCUACCAACCGCUCGACGGCCCGCCCAUCCCACACCUGAAACUCAUCCACGCCUAUCCGGACGCCCUGCCCACGAUCCAGAUCGACCGGGGAGCUAUUCGCUUCGUGUUGUCGGGUGCGGCGCUCAUGGCGCCUGGGUUGACGAGUGCUGGGGGCAGAUUGCCCGAUGUGGAGAAUGGGGAGAAGGAGAUAGCUGCUGGGGAGGUUGUUGCUGUGAAGGCCGAGGGGAAGGAGACGGUUUGUCUGGUGGGAGUGUUGAAGGUUGGUACCGAGGAGAUUAAGAAGGUGGGGAAGGGGGUCGUCUUGGAUGAGGGGCAUUAUCUUGGGGAUGGGUUGUGGAGGUAUCAUCUUGAUUAA